UUUCUACGACUUCAGUAUAAGAGCGAGAAAGCAUUUCAAAAGAAGCUCCAAACUCAGAUGGCAACGACCCUCCGAAAUAACGUAAAUCCUCCUCAAUUGUUUUUUCACGAUUUUUUCUUCCUUUUCUUCGAUUUUUCUUUGUUUUCUUCAUCAAUUCUUUGAUUUUUCGGCAAAAAUAAUUAUUUUCCGUAUAUUUAUUGAUUUUCGACAUUGACGCGAACGAUUGGGAUGGCACGGAAAUGGCUGGAUGAGAGAAAGUCGUGCAGAGUCGUCGCCUCUUCGACAUUGACUACAAGCGUCCGCUAAACCACCUCAUCCUUCCAUUUUGAUGAAAAUCAACAUAAAAAGGAACUAAAAAAUGAAGAAGCUGUGAAGUAGAUUCAAAAGAAAGUAGAAGAAUCGAGCCUCACGCGAAUACUUUGACAGGCAAACACAAGUUAAUAAGAGAUGCGAACAAUUCUCAUCGAUUGGUUCAGCGAUGCCGUGAAAGAGUACAAUUUCCAAAAGGAAACAUUUCAUCUCGCGGUGAUCCUCGUGGAUCUUGCUCUCCCAAUGUUCAAUAUUGAUAAAAUGCGAUUUCAACUGGUUGGAAUGACGUCGAUGAUGAUCACAGUGUAUGUUCAUAAUAAAAUAUUUCAAUGUAAUAAAAUACGACGAAAUCUUCCCACCAGCCGAGUACCCGACAUUAUUUUGAUGGAGCGAUUCUUGAUUGGAAAGCUCGAAUUUGUCGUCGCUAAGCCCACACUAUCUUGGCUCGGAUCAUGAUUUGCAAAGAGAAUUAACCUUACAAAAAAGAUGCGGAAUGCUGUCAAACUCCUCGAGCUGUCGCUGAUAGAUGAUCAUUUUCUACGUUACCGCCCAUCUGAUGCUGCUUAGAAUCACCGAAUCAACAAUUCGAUCAAGUGGCUGCUAAUAAUGGAUCCAAGGAAUCGGGAAUCGUCCAAAUUUAUUUUUUCAUUUUUCAUGUUGAAUAAACACAAUUUUUGGCAAUUUUUUUAA